GCUUCUCUCUUCUAGGAUGCAAAACGGUCCUUUGGAAAAAUGAAUACUUCUUGCAGAACUCUUUGCUGACUAGUAGACCGGUGUAGCACAGUGGCCUCAAGCGACAGACCUGGGCUCAAAGUCCAGCUCUUCCCUUUACAGGCUCCAGAUGGUUGGUACUAGUAUAAAUCAUGAGCUGCCUCCUGUCCACCGGAAGCUGCACCUGCAAUGUCUAUCUCUAGAUACCCGGGACCAACUGGACCAUCAGACAGCUUCAGAACUUCAUGUUCUCUGCUGGGACUCCUCCAACCACAAGGGCACUCGCUCGGGUCAUGGCCCAUCACUGCGGGCCUCCCUCCAAAGCCAGGCGCAACCUUCAACCUCUCAAAAAGAGCCAGAUUUUUGGAUUGCUUCAGACACUUCCCCAGAGAAAAUUUAAAAUUCCAGAAUGUCAGAGCUGGGAAGCAUUUUUAGAGGAAGAUUUUCAAAUUAUCUAGUCCUCAGCAUUUCUUGAGUGUGCCUUUGCAUACACACAAACACACACAAACACACACACACACACGCACUCAUUCUCCUUCAUUUGACAGAUGAGGACACUACGUUGAGUUAGUCUCCUAAUGACACACAUUCAGUGCAGAGCUAGAACUUGAACUUGGUUUCCCGAUUCUCAGAACUAAGUGUUUCCUCCUAGGACAUCUUACAUAGUGUUAGAGCACUUUAUACCUUUUAAUUAAUCAUUUCCAGAGGUAAAGAUUACUCAAUGUAUUUAACAUCGACUCCAAACUUUUAUAGCCUUCUGAUAGAGAAGUUCUGUUUAUUGUCUAACCAAAGAUCAAAUGAAUUACUGUCUGUAAAUGCACUUUGUAACUGAAACAAUAUGCACAAUCAUUAAGUCCCUCCCACUCUGACCCUGAUUCUGACCUAACCAAGGAUUAUUUUUAUUUGUAACUGCUGGUGGCUUUUCUUGUUUUAUCUGCCUUUUCUCCCUAAACUGAGCAUCAGGGGAGACGUGGGCUCUUACUGAGAGUCAUCCAGGUGAACAGUUCGUACGUGAAGCCCUGCCUGCUGUGGGAGAGCCUCACUGCUAGAUGUGAUCACUGGCCGAGACCACGGUGGCCGGAUGAGGUCAGGCCAAGUCUGGAUCAACGGGAAGCCCUGCACACCUCAGCUGGUGAGGAAAUGCGUGGCUCACGUUCGCCAGGACGACCAGCUGCUCCCUCACCUCACCGUCCGAGAGACCCUGACCUUCAUUGCCCAGAUGCGCCUCCCCAGAACCUUCUCCCAGGCCCAGCGCAACCAAAGGGUGGAAGAAGUGAUCGCGGAACUGCGGCUGCGGCAGUGCGCGGACACGCGCGUGGGCAACCAUCAUGUGCGAGGGGUGUCCGGGGGCGAGCGCCGGCGUGUUAGCAUCGGGGUGCAGCUCCUGUGGAACCCAGGAAUCCUCAUCCUGGACGAGCCCACCUCGGGGCUGGACAGCUUCACGGCCCACAACCUGGUGAAGACCUUGUCCCGGCUGGCCAGGGGCAACAGACUGGUGCUCAUCUCCCUGCACCAGCCCCGGUCCGACAUCUUCAGGCUGUUUGACCUGGUCCUCCUCAUGACCUUGGGCACCACCGUCUACCUGGGCCCCGCGCAGCACAUGGUCCAGUAUUUCACGGCCAUUGGCCACCCUUGUCCCCGCUACAGCAACCCUGCGGACUUCUACGUGGACUUGACCAGCAUCGACAGGCGCAGCCAAGAGCAGGAAGUGGCCACCAGGGAGAAGGCUCAGUCCCUUGCGGCCUUGUUUCAAGAAAAAGUGCAUGAGUGUGAUGACUUUCUGUGGAACCCGGAGGCGAAGGAGCUCAAUGUGGGCUCCUAUGUGGCCAGCCCAACCCUCCUGUGUGACAACAACUGCCAGACUCACAGAGAGCCGCCCUGCCAGACUGCCACAGAGCCACCCGGUGUGGUACAGCAAUUUGUCACCUUGACCCGUCGUCAGAUUUCCAAUGACUUCCGAGAUCUGCCCACCCUCCUCAUUCACGGGACAGAGGCCUGCUUAAUGUCUCUGAUCAUCGGGUUCCUCUACUAUGGCCAUGAGGACACCAAGCUCUCCAUCAAGGACACAGCAGCCCUCUUGUUCAUGAUUGGUGCGCUCAUCCCUUUCAACGUGAUCCUAGAUGUCAUCUCCAAAUGUCACUUGGAGCGGGCGAUGCUGUACUCUGAACUGGAAGACGGGCUCUACACCACUGGUCCAUAUUACUUUGCCAAGAUCCUCGGGGAGCUGCCGGAGCACUGCGCCUACGUCAUCAUCUACGGGAUGCCCACCUACUGGCUGGCCAACCUGGAGCCGGCCUUCCUGCCCUUCCUGCUGCACUUCCUGCUGGUGUGGCUGGUCGUCUUCUGCUGCAGGGCCAUGGCCCUGGCCACUGCCGCCCUGCUACCCACCUUCCACAUAUCAUCCUUCUUCUGCUACGCCCUCUACAACUCCUUCUACAUCACUGGGGGCUUCAUGAUCAACUUGAAGAACCUGUGGGCAGUGCCUAUGUGGAUCUCCAAGAUGUCUUUCCUGCAGUGGUGCUUCGCAGGGCUGAUGCAGAUCCAGUUUAAUGGGCGCCUUUAUACUAUGCAGGUUGGAAACAUCACAUUCCUAGUCCCAGGAGAUGAAGUGGUCAAUGAUAUGGACCUGAACUCUCAACCUCUCUAUGCCAUCUACCUCAUCCUCAUCAGCAUCGGCAGUGGUUUCCUGAUUCUGUACUAUGUCUCCUUAAGGUUCAUCAAGCAGAAGCCCAGUCAAGACUGGUGAUUCAUGCCCAGACUCUUGCUCACUGGUGGGGCCUCUGAGCAGACCCUUCGACCGCACUCUUCCUCCCAAGGAGCUCCAUGGGACAAUGAGAGCACAGAUGCUCAGCUACAUCUGGCCCCAGUGCUGCAGUGGCACAGGUCAGCCACAGGAUGGCAGUAGAAUAAAGAUAGUUGAAAGGAUUUCUGUUCCCUGGCCAGAGCGAGAAAACCCAUACUUGGUGGAACCUACAAUGUUGCUAAUUUAUUUCCUUUGGAUGUAACUUUAUACAGGCAAGUCAGUGUAGGAUGGGAGCAAAUCAGGUAUGAACGGAGUAGCUUGGGUCUGCAGGAAUCGCUAGAACCCAGAGAAAAUGGUAACAAGAGCAAAUGUUUAGCCUCAUCUCCAUCGUCCCCAUACUCUUGUUUAGCCACUCUAGUGCCCUAAAACAUUCCAGUGAAAUGCCAUCUCUUCUUUGUGUGUGGGCUCCAAAAAUCAAAGUGAACAAUUAAAAAUUGAUUGAGCACCUA